AUGGGGAAUGGAAUGAAUAAGGUAUUGCCGGGUCUCUACGUGGGCAACUAUAGAGAUUCAAAAGAUCCCGUUCAACUAGACAAAUACAAGAUAACACACAUACUUUCCAUACAUGAUGCUGCCAGAAGACUACACGCGGAUAAACACUACCUUUGCAUAAUGGCUUCGGAUUCACCAGAUCAGAACCUGACCCAGUAUUUCAGCCUCUGCAACGAUUUUAUACAUGCGGCAAGAUUGAGAGACGGCAACGUUUUAAUACAUUGUUUGGCGGGCAUGUCUCGGAGCGUGACGGUGGCUGUGGCGUACAUAAUGUCCGUCACGCCGCUGACGUGGCGUGAGGCAUUAAAAGUAGUUCGUGCAGGGCGUGCCGUUGCCAAUCCCAACCUAGGAUUUCAACGUCAACUGCAGGACUUUGAAACGUACAAGCUGGUUGAAGAACGAAGACGUCUUAAAGAGCGGUACCCAUCUUUGGCUUUAGCAGACAGUGACCUCGCAGAAUGCCGUGUGAUGCUGGAUUCCUAUCAAACUAUGCUCAACCAAAGGACAAUUUGUGAAGGGAAGUGUGCAAUGGGCAGACAGUGCCCCACGGGAGUAUGCAGAACAGGUUCGAAGCGACAACCGCGACCGCGAAGGCCGUCCACAACGUCAAGCGUCGGUGACUCCGCCGGGAUGAAGAGAUCACCUUCCACCCUAUCCACAACGUCCACUGCAUCUGGCUAUCGCCCACGGUCUUCUCCGGCCGGGCUUUAUAGUUAUACUGGAGUUCCAUCCCGACCGACGAGGUCAUCGUCAGGUCUGUCAGUGACACGGGUCACUGACCCUGGCGGAGGCGGUUCAGCCAUGGCAGUAGGAGGAUCAGAAUAUUCUAGAAGACGAGCUGCCUCUGCUCCAGCGACCCCCGCUCUGUCUCCCUCGUCCUCACCGCCUGGCUCACCUCAUCGCGCGCCACAUAGAGGCAGUUGUGCAUGGGUCAUACCUACAGUGAACUGGGACCCCGAAUCAUUG